ACCCUAAACUGGUCACACUAUUUGUCUUUUGUUAUUUUUUCCACGAAGUAAUAUUUACUUCCUUCAGUGUUUGCUCGACGAUAAUAAUACAUGGCAACUGUCGCGUUUUCAGUGUCGCAUUAUCAAGUCAACCCAUUUAUUAACAAACUGCCAGCAGCCGCUCGAGUUCCGUGUUUUUUUGGGGGCGAGACAGAAACUGAAGUUAUAAGCGCCGCAAGCCGACGCAAGAAUACUCUAUAAAUUACUCGAUUACAACAAAAAAAGGUAACUGACUCUUACGGAACGGAGAACGCUCGCUGGACGUGAGCAGCGGCCACCUUUUUGGCUAGUGGCACCCCAAUCGGUCGAUGAGAGCUCCACUGGGUUUGGGCAGAACGCGUAAGAUGAGCAACAACUACAACGAUGUGCCCUUUGGCAUCCGGAUGGUGCAGCGGCUGUCGCGCCAAUGCUGCACCCGCUUCCACGCACGCAGAGAUUUGCUCUACAAAAUGUCUGUGUUUGUGCUAACCUUUCUGGCCUAUGCCUGCUACCACAUGUGCCGCAAGCCCAUAUCCGUGGUCAAGUCAGUGCUGCAGGGUAAUUGCUCUACAACGCCGGCCACGGCGGGGCAGGACUGUGGCUAUCCGCCCUUUGAUGGUCCCGAUGCCACCACCCUCUUUGGCAUGAUGGACUCGGCGUUCCUCUUCUCCUAUGCCAUUGCCAUGUUCGCCUCGGGCUUUGUGGCAGAGCGCGUUUCGCUGCGCUACUUCCUCUCCAUGGGCAUGAUCCUCACCGGCGUGUUCACCUACAUGUUUGGCAUAGCCCGCACCUCAAAUAUCCACAGCUUGUGGUAUUUCAUUCUGGUGCAAAUCUGCGCUGGCAUCUUCCAGACAACGGGUUGGCCUGGUGUGGUGGCCCUGGUUGGUCGCUGGUUUGGCAAAUCAAAGCGUGGCCUGAUCUUUGGCAUCUGGAAUAGUCAUACCUCGAUUGGCAAUAUUCUGGGCACACUGAUAGCAGCCCACUAUGUGGAGAGUGACUGGGCGAUGUCGUUUGUGGUGCCUGGCAUUAUCAUAGCAGCCGUGGGCUUUUUACUUUUCCUUUUUCUGGUGGAUCAACCGGAGAUUGUGGGCUGUUAUCCGCAGACAGGGCAGCAGGAGAGACGCGUGGCCAAUGAAUCGGAUCAGGAGGAUCAUGGGGAUGAUGAAGAGCAAAUACGACACAAUGAUGCUGAAAUCAACUACAGAUCGGCACCCACCGAACGCACUCCCAUUCUGGCCCGUUCAGCCUCUCAACAGCCCAUCCAUCAGAGGGGCCAUGGUCGCCCCAUAAGCCUGAUUGAUGCUUUGUACAUACCCGGUGUGGUGGAGUUCUCGCUGUGUUUGUUCUUUACCAAGCUGGUCAGCUACACCUUCAUGUACUGGCUGCCCCUGUACAUACAGUCUUCCAUCACCCUGGGCCCUCAGCUGUCCGCUGAUCUCUCCACCCUCUUCGAUGUGGGCGGCAUUCUGGGCGCCAUAGCUGCGGGCUAUCUAUCCGAUGUCAGCGGAAUGUCAGCCACCGUCUGCACCGGCAUGCUGUUCAUUGCCUCGCCCAUUUUGCUGAUGUAUCAACAAUAUGGUGCAUUGUCGCUUACGAUUAGCAUUUUCCUGCUGAUUGUGGUUGGCAUCUUUGUGAAUGGCCCUUAUGCUCUCAUAACGACCUCGGUGAGUGCGGAAUUGGGCCAGCACAGCUGUCUGGAGGGCAAUGCAAAUGCUUUGGCCACGGUAACGGCCAUAAUUGAUGGCACAGGAUCGAUUGGUGCCGCUGUGGGUCCGCUCUUAGCGGGUCUCAUUUCCACCACUGGCUGGCAGAAUGUCUUCCAUAUGCUCAUUGUGGCGGAUAUUAUAGCCAUGGUGCUGCUGGGACGACUGGUGAUCAAGGAGUUUUCUGCACUGCGCCGCUCAUCGCAUCGCAUACGGAUCGAAUAGCAGGCAGAGGAAGCGGAGAAUGUGGAUGUAGAUGUGGUUUGACCGUUUAUUUAUUUGUUUUAUUAAGCGUUCUGUGUACAUAUAGAACUGUUUCGGUUUGCGUUUACAUUCGAGAGCAUAUCAGAGUGUGAUUCUGAUCCUAGUUUAAACCUAAACUUAUUUUAAAUCCAUCAAGUUUACAGUUUUGAUAUAUAUUACCUACAUAUAUACAUAUACAUCUAUUUUGUAAUCUUGUGUGUGUGCGAACCUAGAGUGCGUGUGUGUCAGAGUCUCGUCGUUUUAAGUGCCGAACUAUCAUUAGUUUUUAGCGUAAUUCUAUAGCUAUGUAAAUACACUUUAUCGUACACUUUUCGUACACCACCAAUAAAACCGGAUUUGACUGUA